CCGUUCUUUGGAGCUGUCAGAUUUUUUUUCUGUGGCAAAUAUUGUGUUUUCUCGGAGAAAAUACUUUUCAGGACGAAAAGUACUCUCUAAAAAACAAUAUUAAUGCAAAAAGUGUCCCAUGGUUGCUGCAAAUCCUCACUAAAGUUGUGAACUUUGUGGUGAAAGAAAAAAAGAAUCUGAACUGGAGGUGAUUGUGGCAAAGUUGAGAAUUUUUUGGGGAGGGGUAGCAGCCAGCCAUUUCCUUUCUAAACUACCCUCUCUCAUUGAAAUCCCACUAAAAUCCCAAUGAGAGUAUGAAUUCGCUUUUAUUAGGGAUCUCUCUAUGACUUCCUGAAGUCCUUGUGACCUUUGCAAAGCAUCGCGAUAUGUUUCACUACAUUGAGGCGUUCUGAGGGCAGAGAGAAAGAGGGGGGCGCAUAAAAUAAGGUGAAAAUUGACAUGUCAAAAUGGAUUCAAUUCAAUUCAAUUACGCAGUGAUUUUGAAGGUGAAGAAAUUGUUACUCGUCGUGAAUUAGUGGGAAAAAAUGUCUCACAAACUUUGCCGAGCAUCUGCCGUAAAUUAGAGCAUGUCAAUCUACGUGUGUGACUACUGAAAUACUCGGUAAAGUUCUUCUUUCACCGCCAUUGGUCGCCGCCGAGGAGUACAAAACACCUUUUGGGAGAGAGAUUAUUAGUCUAAUUAAAUUUGGGCUACUGUGGGAGAGAGAGAGAUGAGUCGCGAACGACAUGGUAGUCCGAAGAACAACUCACCCAAAGUGGGGCGCAAGAGGCCCCAAUCUGUUCACUUGUCGCGUGUUCUCAUUUCGGAUGACCUAGAGCAGAAUCCAGCGGGUCCUGCGAGUUCUUUCAGUGGUGGUAGUGGCAGCAGCACCGCCGGUGAAUCCUCAAGCCGAGACUAUGGGGCAGUGAUUAAGCAGCAACCCCUCCGGAAGAAUCCCUACUAUCACACACAGCAAAUUAAUCCACUCCGCACCAGUGGCAGUGGCUCAGAAGUAUCCAAUUUAGUGCGGGUGCGAAACAGUGCCCUUGGGAAAUCUGCUCCAUCUCUAUCUGCAAGUAUGCGUGAAUUGGGAAUUUCAAGUCGUCGUACAUCAACCACUAAUCGCAAUGCUGCAAUUACUAAUCAUCGCCUGAGUUUGGUGGCAAAUACCUCACCGCGAUCACAUUCACCAAUAUCAGCAAGUCCCGUUGAUAGUCCACGCAAUAAUUCACCGAGUAUGAUGCAAUUUCCCUUUGCACCCAUCAAGAGGCUCUCCAGUUGUCGCAGUGAUGGUCGCCGAUGGUCUGUGGCGUCCUUGCCUUCAUCUGGCUAUGGAACAACGCCGGGAAGUUCCAAUUUAUCGUUGGUUACACAGUCGCAGUGCUCGAGUCAGGAGCGUCUCCAUCAGCUGCCCAAUAUGCCGACAAAUGAUGAAUUGCGUCUCCUGACGCAUCAUUUCUCAAGCAAUGAGAGCAAUCCUGGCAUUGAGCCACUUCACUGCUACGUUGGUGGGCACUAUGCGCAUCAUGCGUGUCAUCAUUUGCAACAGAGCCCACUGGCGAGUCAUAGCCCCGGGGGUGGGAGUCAGAAUAACAGUAGUAGCGGCAAGGAGGAUUCCGGGAAUUCCGAGCGACGUUCACCAUACCACAGGCUACGUUCCCGGAGUCUCAGUAGCCCGAGUCGCUCACCAAUAUUGGAUAGUGAGAUAGCUCUAAUGAAUACCCUGUACAAGGAACGCUUCCCAAAGGCAACGCUGCAAAUGGAGGAGAGACUCACGCAUUUCAUCAAUGAGAAUAAGAAUUUUACAUCUUUGGAAAAAUUCUGUGAUUCCAGUCCAAUUGUACGAUUUGUUCAUCAUCAAGUUAUGGAAAUGGCACGUGAUUGUCUCCAUAAGUCACAUGCAAAGCUAAUUACAAGUCGCUACUUCUAUGAAAUGUCGGAGAACCUUGAACGUCUCCUGUUGGAGACGAAGGAAAAAUCUCCGGAAUCUGUGGCAGAGCUGAGUGGUAUUAUAAAGAAGCUAUUGCUUAUUAUAUCACGCCCGGCACGUUUAUUGGAGUGUCUGGAAUUUGAUCCAGAAGAAUUCUACAGAUUACUCGAAGCAGCUGAAGGGCAAGCUAAAUCCGUGCCGGGCAUGAAGGCCGAUAUUCCGAAAUACAUUAUUCACAAGCUCGGUCUCAAUCGUGAUCCAAUUGCUGAAUUGCAACAAGAAUUGCAGGAAAAUUGUGGGUUUUGUGAUAAGAAUGUCAAUGAGGACACCUCAGUGGGUGGUGGUGGAGGUGGUGAGGAGAAGAAGGCUUGUGAAGGUGGUGCGGCGCAGAGCUGUGAAGAUGAUUCCCUGGAGAUUGGUGAUAUAUCGAAAGAGCAACAAGUCUGUUUAACAUCAACACCACGACAGGAGCGGAAGAAGGGAUCAACUGCUGCUGUGGCAAAUCCACAAAUUAACACUGUUCCCAGUGAACAGGAUUUUGAGGUUGUUAAAUUGAUUUCAAACGGCGCAUACGGGGCGGUGUACUUGGUGAAGCAUAAACAUUCACGUCAGAGGUUUGCAAUGAAGAAAAUCAAUAAGAAUAAUUUGAUAUUGAGGAAUCAAGUGGAGCAGGUGUUUGCCGAGAGGGAUAUUCUGAGUUUUGCGGAUAAUCCCUUUGUUGUAUCCAUGUACUGCAGCUUUGAGACAAAGAAACAUCUGUGCCUGGUGAUGGAGUACGUUGAGGGGGGUGAUUGUGCAACAAUGCUCAAAAGUAUUGGCCCCCUGCCAUCUGACAUGGCACGAUUCUACUUUGCUGAGACAGUAUUAGCCGUGGAGUAUUUACAUAGCUAUGGCAUUGUGCAUCGUGACUUGAAACCGGAUAAUUUACUCAUAACAGCUCUUGGUCAUAUAAAAUUGACGGAUUUUGGGCUCUCGAAGAUGGGUCUCAUGUCGUUGGCAACAAAUCUCUAUGAAGGCUACAUUGAUACGGAAACACGUCAAUUUUCGGAUAAACAACUCUUUGGUACACCUGAAUACAUUGCACCGGAAGUGAUUUUGCGACAAGGCUACGGGAAGCCCGUCGAUUGGUGGUCAAUGGGUAUUAUUCUGUAUGAAUUUCUCAUUGGUUGCGUGCCGUUCUUUGGGGAAACACCCGAAGAGUUAUUCGCGCACACGGUGAAUGAUGACAUUGAGUGGCCAGACAAUGAGGAUUGGUGUGUGGCACCGGAAGCAAAGAAUCUCAUAACGCAGCUUCUGCAGCAAAAUCCACGGGAUAGAUUGGGAACAGGCGGGGCCUAUGAGCUGAAGGAACAUAUCUACUUCCAAUCAGUCGACUGGAAUUCUCUGCUCCGUCAGAAGGCUGAAUUUGUACCACAACUUGCAGAUGAGGAUGAUACCAGUUAUUUUGAUACACGAAUGGAUCGUUACAAUCACGAUCUUGGUGAUGAGGAUACAGAUGAAACAGAUGAUACACCAUUAUUUGGCUCAUUCAGUUCAUACACGCAUCAUUUCCACAAACAACACUGCUCACCGCAUCUCACAAUACCCUAUGGCUCCUCCUCCUCCGUGGGGAAUGAUGAAAUGAAGAAGAUUUCAACGCCGGAACUUCGAAAAUUGGAUAUUAAGAGCCAUCGAAGUGUUCGAAUGCCAUCAACGCCGGAUACAGAGUAUCUACCGGAACUACUGAACACCCCAGAUCGGGAGGAGAUAAAGACAAUUCAUCAGUAUUUGCGUCAGCAGGAACAACAGAGACAGUUAUCAAUUGAAGCAGUUGCCAAUAAGCAUCUACCACCAACGGCGUUUAAUAUUAAGAAAACAUCCCUGCCAGCACCAUCGAGGAAGACUCUCAGCACACCGGAAUCCUCUCAAACUGACAGUGAUGAUGUUUCACCGCAAAUUCAGCGAAAACGCAAAACAGGGCAUUCAAAGGACAUCCUUCCGCGCUUCUCGAUUUCCAUUGAGGAUGAACACAGCGGUCAUGAAACUGGAACAUCUUCGUCGGAAAAUACAAAAGAAUUCACUCCGCCAAAUGUUGGUAGUUCUGGAGGAGCUACAGCUAAGCAUCGAUCUCGUUCUGUUGUGAAGAGUGCCUCUUCACUGGGACUCUCACUUAUGUAUUGCUCGGAUGAACCAGCAGCAUCACUCGGUGAAAUCCAAUCACCAUCUGGAGGUGGAAGCUCAAGUACGGCAAGUUCACGUGAUACGUCACCAUGUCGUGAGUUGUCGCCUCUUGUGACAAAUCUCAAACCACCAAUAAUCAUUCGACGAGGGCCUCGUGGCUUUGGCUUCACUGUCCAUACUAUUCGUGUCUUUUACGGGGAUACGGACUUCUACACGAUGCACCAUUUGGUGAUGGCUGUUGACGAGGGAAGUCCAGCCUUUGAAGCUGGUCUCCGUCCAGCUGAUCUCAUUACCCACGUUAAUGGUGAAGCUGUACAGGGGUUGUAUCACACGCAAGUGUUGCAGCUACUUCUCAGUGGGUCAGAGCAUGUGAUGUUACGUGCUACACCGCUUACAAAUACGAGCAUUCAAACGGGUGGGAGGAAGCGUGAGUUGUGGCAGAGUAAAUUUGCAAAGAAGGGUAUGAGUCGGCAUAAGAAGCAGAAGAAGGAUAGUGAGAAGAAGAGGAAGACAUCACUCUUUAGGCGGAUAAGUAGUAAGAGGGCGAGUGCGGAGAUGCAGCAAAUGGCAGCAGCUGGUUUCACAUCACCCACCAAUGUUACAGCAAGCCUCUCCUUUCCCUCAACAUCGGCAACACCGCCACUCAAUCGGCUCAGUUUGUGCCCAUUGGAAUCAAAUUCAUCGCAAUCGAGCUCCCCGAGCUCAUCAACCCCCAACACACCCACAGGAUCCGGGGGGCAGUUGUAUCAACGACCUUCAACGUUGCAUGGGCUGAAGCAUAAGCUACAUACAACAGCGUGUUCCACUGUGAAGGGACUUCAUGCCUCUAAUGCCACAUCGGCACCCAAUAGACGUAAAUCCGUUGGGCAUAUCCCCCUGUCGCCAUUAGCAAGAACCCCAUCACCGUCCCCUCUGCCGGCAUCCCCAACCCGAUCUCCCAGUCCUCUGGCCUUCCCAAUUGGCCAUCAGCCUGGCUCCUCAAACACAACACAGUCAUACAGUCCGGGUGUUGUACCCAAUAGCUCAAGUGCUACAACAGUGGUGUCCAAGAAGUCCUUUACACGUCCCAAAAGUGCCGAACCAAGUUCUCCACUCCUACGACGUGCUCUGUCGCCGGAUCGCCUUCAUCCACGUAGUGCAGAAAGUAAAUGCACACUGAUAUCUCCUCUGUGUUGUUCGACGCAAAUUUCCAAAAAUACCCGACCAGUUUCGGGUGUUUGGCGCUCAUCAGGGAGCCCCCAAGUAAUGUCUACUGCCAUAGCCACGUCUGUCAUCACAUCAACUAGUUCUCAAGCAACAACAAAUGCCAAUGCUGAUGAUUUUAAUGCACCUGGUGAACUUCUUCCUCGUAUAGCUGAGGAGAAAGACUCUCCAACGAGUACAACGCAUGAUGCUGUUGCAUUAAUCUCCUCAUCAUGCGAUGCUGGGAAGAGUAGUAGCACCUCUCCGACAACAUCUGCAGCUGCAUCCAAGACUACCACGUCAAUAUCACUCCCGAAUACGGAUCAAAGGACAGCAGACACCUCGGUAACACCUGCAGAUACUGCUGUGUUAGUUGCAACGCAUACUGAGCAAGCAACCAAAGGAAAGUCACCACCAACUUAAUCCUCCUCCUAACAUAGCAUCCUUCUUGAUAAGUAUUAACACCAAGUUGCAAAGAAAAAAAAUUAGCAAUGAAACAUGCACGAGUGAACAGUUUUAGCGCAAAAAUUUUCGUGGAAAUGUGUAUGUUAUAAAUAUUUUUUAUUUUAGUC